AAAACAAAUAAAUAAAUCCUGAACAGAAGCGUAAAAAGCGUCUGGGGAAUAAAAGUUCAUCCGAAAACCGUCAGCUUCAUUCAGAGCGCGGCUCCGGAGCAUUAUAUCACGAGGAGUGUCCGUUAUAUGAGACUCCCUGACGGGGGAGGGGAGGAGACAAUGACUUGGUAAGUUUAAGUUUUAAUAAAUCCUUUCUAAUUCUUGGUUUUGCAGGAUUUUCAGGAUUCUUCCCCUCGAGCACCGGGUCUACAGGUUGUACGACCAAGGAGGGGCCCGCGGUACAAACACGACCCCUCCUGGUAAAUUCCUGCGCGGUCCGGCCAACAUCGGCCUCUCAUGGAUUUCUCCUCUAGAAAAACUCCUCGUUAUUUUAGGGGAACAUUAAAAAUACAAAAACCAGAAAGAUCUAUAAAACGCGACUUUACAAAUGUACAAAGGACUACAGAUCGUUGCAUAUAAAUAGACAUUUGGUGCGGCCGACGAGGCCAUAAAAAAAUCCCUGAAUUACUAAGAACCUGAGACAGCGAGACGUACAGCAGAGACCCCCGAGACUGCUCCCAAUGAGACGUCCAGAAGCGGGGCACAAAUACUGUGGUCAACACGGGGACCAAGCAGCCCCCAAAUCUACACCCCAUUAUAAUGACCCAAUACAUGAAACCCAAAUAACAGACGCCACUGACAGACGAGGAGAUGCCUCGUAUCCGCCCCUCAACCUCACUGCAAAUUUAGGACUGCAGCGACAAAAUCAGCGACGAGAUCGAACAAAUAAACACGAGGAAAUACACUUCAUGGUGAGGCAGCAGAGGACGCACCCGCGCAGCACAGAGAGGCAGCCUACUGUACAGCAGAGGACGCACCCGCGCAGCACAGAGAGGCAGCCUACUGUACGGCAGAGGACACACCCGUGCAGCACAGAGAGGCAGCCUACUGUACGGCAGAGGACGCACCCGCGCAGCACAGAGAGGCAGCCUACUGUACGGCAGAGGACGCACCCGUGCAGCACAGAGAGGCAGCCUACUGUACGGCAGAGGACGCACCCGUGCAGCACAGAGAGGCAGCCUACUGUACAGCAGAGGACGCACCCGCGCAGCACAGAGAGGCAGCCUACUGUACGGCAGAGGACGCACCCGUGCAGCACAGAGAUGCAGCCUACUGUACAGCAGAGGACGCACCCGCGCAGCACAGAGAGGCAGCCUACUGUACGGCAGAGGACACACCCGUGCAGCACAGAGAGGCAGCCUUCUGUACGGCAGAGGACGCACCCGCGCAGCACAGAGAGGCAGCCUACUGUACGGCAGAGGACGCACCCGUGCAGCACAGAGAGGCAGUCUACUGUACAGCAGAGGACGCACCCGCGCAGCACAGAGGCAGCCUACUGUACGGCAGAGGACGCACCCGCGCAGCACAGAGAGGCAGCCUACUGUACGGCAGAGGACGCACCCGCGCAGCACAGAGAGGCAGCCUACUGUACAGCAGAGGACGCACCCGUGCAGCACAGAGAGGCAGCCUACUGUACAGCAGAGGACGCACCCGUGCAGCACAGAGAGGCAGCCUACUGUACAGCAGAGGACGCACCCGCGCAGCACAGAGAGGCAGCCUACUGUACGGCAGAGGACACACCCGUGCAGCACAGAGAGGCAGUCUACUGUACGGCAGAGGACACACCCGUGCAGCAGAGAGAGGCAGCCUACUGUACAGCAGAGGACACACCCGUGCAGCACAGGCAGUAUACUGUACAGCAGAGGACACACCCGUGCAGCAGAGAGGCAGCCUACUGUACAGCAGAGGACGCACCCGUGCAGCACAGAGAGGCAGCCUACUGUUCAGCAGAGGACGCACCUGUGCAGCACAGAGAGGCAGCCUACUGUACAGCAGAGGACGCACCUGUGCAGCACAGAGAGGCAGCCUACUGUACAGCAGAGGACACACCCGUGCAGCACAGAGAGGCAGUCUACUAUACAGCAGAGGACACACCCAUGCAGCACAGGCAGUCUACUGUACAGCAUUGGACGCACCCGUGCAGCACAGAGAGGCAGCCUACUGUACAGCAGAGGACACACCUAUGCAGCACAGGCAGUCUACUGUACAGCAUUGGACGCACCCGUGCAGCACAGAGAUGCAGUCUACUGUACAGCAGUUGAUUCUGACGCCCACAUGUCCUGAUCUUUAUUAUUUGAUCGAUUAGCAAAAGAAAAAAAAAAA